AUGAGGCGAUUUCUCGUCUCGGCGCUUCUGCUCUUGCAGACUGUCGCAUCUGUAUCCGCUGCGGAGCAGCAGGUUUUGGAAGUUAGUAAAGAGGAUAUAACAACUACGAGUUUAAAUCCAGCAACCGAGACCGACAUUGUCCAAAGCACACAACAAUGGGCUCCCUACCAAAAUGGAUGGGAGCUUGUCCACGAAGCGACGGCCGAAUUUCGAAAGAUUAAAACGCCGUUGCAUAGAAAGACGAAGAAGCAAGGCGGUGUCCUCGGCGCACUCUUCCAAUAUGUCGCAAAAGCUUUACCGAGCCUACGAGCCAGCGCUCCUCCACAGGAACAACAUGCGACGCCCGUCAUCAGCGGCCCUCUCCUCGAGGGUGUUAAGCUACUUCAACAGUCAGCCGACCAGAACAAUACCGAUGCGAUCUACCUCUUGGCGCAAUUCAAUUUCUUCGGAAACUACUCACACCCAAGAAAUUUCAAGACUGCGUUCGAUCACUACUACCGACUAGCAUCGUAUGGAAACAGCUCUGCGCAGCAUAUGGUGGGAUUGAUCUAUGCGACAGGACUAGGAGAUGCGGUGGAACGGGAUCAAGCAAAAGCUCUUCUAUAUCACACCUUUGCCGCCGACGCAGGACACACGAGAUCGGAAAUGACUAUUGCGGCCCGCCAUUUCAAUGGCAUCGGCGUACCCAAGAGUUGUGAGACGGCUUCUAAAUACUACAAGAGGGUGGCUGAUAAGGCUAUGGCCUGGUUUCGAUCGGGGCCGCCUGGAGGAAUGGCUCUCGCACCAGAGGCGUACCGACUUUCUGAUGAGGUUGGUGGAGUCUACGGCGAGGGCGCUAGCGUUGUCAGUUCUGGUAUCAACGCUUUGAAGGCGAGUCCGAACUCGGAUGCUUAUGCCGCCAUCGAUGAUGUAAUCGAAUAUCUCGACCUGAUGUCCCAAAAAGGGGAUUUCAAGGCUUCGUUUAAUUUGGGAAGGCUCUACUAUGAAGGACAGCGUGGCCUGGACCGUAACGUUGACCUUGCUCGACGAUAUUUCGCCGCUGUAACAACAAUGUAUUGGCGCCAAAAGGAUGGUCGCACUGUCGAUCAGCCAAAACCCCAGUUGGAGAAGUACGCUAGUAAGGCUGCUGGUUACAUUGGGCGAAUGUGGCUACGUGGGGAGGGUGUCAGACAGGACUUUAAGGCAGCCCGAGGUUGGUUUGAGCGCGGAAUCAAGCAUGGAGAUGCUCAGUCCCAAUGGGGUCUAGGAAUUAUGAAUCUUCAUGGAUUAGGUCUACCGAAGAAUGUCUCGAGGGCUACUGAAUUAUUCAAGGCUUCGGCAGACCAGGACUUCAGCCUUUCCCACGUCGCACUCGGAGCUCUUCAUCUAGAUCAAGGUACAUCUGAUGAUUUGAAGAUCGCCAACUCAUAUUUCGAGGCCGCUGCCCGAUGGGCUAAUAUCGAGGCGCAGUAUUAUCUAGCCGAGAUGAUUCACCACGGAGUUGGACGAGAUAAAACUUGUGGCAUGGCUAUGGCUUACUACAAGAACGUCGCCGAAAGGGCCGAGCCGUUGGUGUCAUCUUGGACGGAGGCUAAUCAAGCAUAUGAAGAUGGUGAUUAUGAAUUGGCCUUCCUCGACUAUCUCAUGGCUGCAGAGCAAGGAUAUGAGAAGGCACAAAACAAUGUUGCUUUCAUGCUAGAUCCCACCCAGUCGCGACUCCCUCUACCGCCUUGGGUCAGACGCCAACCGCCGAAGCCUACAUUACUCCAAAACUCGGCUUUAGCGUUGAUAUACUGGACCAGGUCUGCCAUACAAUCAAACAUUGAUUCGCUUGUGAAAAUGGGCGACUAUUAUUUAUCCGGAAUCGGUACCGAAGUCGCAUUUGACAAGGCAGCCCAAUGUUAUACGGGAGCUUCCGAAUAUUUCCAGAGCGCACAAGCUCUCUACAAUCUUGGUUGGAUGCAUGAGAACGGAGUCGGUCUGACCCAAGACUUCCACCUCGCCAAGAGAUAUUACGACCAAGCCCUCGAGACUAACGAGGAGGCUUAUCUCCCAGUCACUCUGAGCCUCCUAAAGCUGCGAGCCCGUUCUGCUUGGAACACCUUCACGCACGGUCGGAUUAAUUCGAUUCAAGACGAACCAUCACCUAAGAAGGAUUGGUCGCUUAGCGAGUGGAUAGCCAACUUCCUCCAAGAAGAUGAUUUGUACUAUGACGACGACUAUUUCUACGACGAUGGUACGAUCACGGGAAGCGAUGGCGAAGCCCUGGGUGAUGAAUAUGAUGAAGUAGACGGCGUGAUCGAGAGUAUAAUAAUCCUAGGCCUCGUCGGCGCUAUAAUAUUCCUGAUGUAUUACCGUGCAAGGAGACAACAAGCCCACCGACAAGCCGAGGAAAAUGCAGCAAGACAAGCUCAACUGCAGCAACAACAACUCGGCGGUGGUGUAGCCGCGGUGCCACAACAACAACAACAACAGCAGCAGCAGCAGCAGCAGCAACCGUUGCCGCAAGGGCAAGGCGGAUUGUUCCCGCAACCCGGCGGUCCGGAGUUUGGACAAUGGGCUGCAGGUGGUGUUGUGGGGCAUUGA